AUGCCGGCUAAACCCGAUCCAGUUGACGACGAGACCAGAUGGACCGUCUGUAACCUUUUGGGGGGCAAGGAGUGCGCACAUGCGUCCGAUUCCAUUCACGUCGGAGAUGGAGUACCUUCUGCGACGAUACAGUCCGAGUGUCGUCUUGCCGGCGGAUUUGGAGAGAGCGAGGCUACUUUGCGCCUCGGAGGCGGUCUCGGCCAAGCAGAAGAGGCGUUAAUGAACGAGAAGUUCUCUGCCGUCCAACAACACGUGACGCCCCAACUGCUCAAUCUCAACCAGCAGGCGAUCAAGAAUUGCCAAAGUUCCGCGUCAGAAUUUCGCACUCUUAAGCUUCCUUGCUUGGGUUGGUUCUGUCGGCUUGGCGACUUACUUGAGCUGCAUGUUGACGCUCGCCUUGUUUCGGCUGCAGGACGGGACAUCCAAGAGUCCAUACGAUCCACUACCUCACCUGUCCGUAGAUCGGCAACAGCACAGUCUUUGUCAUCAGCCCGUUCGAACCAACCUUCCUUGGCCACUGGUUCUGAAGUCAGCGUCUCUGGUCGAUCAUCACGAAGUCGAUCUCACAAAUUGGGUAUUGAGUCAGUGGACAUGGCCGCCCAUGAGGUAUCUGCUAGUAAGCGGCUCAGGACCGAAAAGUCAGACAGACAGACACGAUCGCACAAGCUCAAGAAGGCUCAUCUUCUCCGCAGGGAUUUGAGCUCUUCCCCUGAUGUAGCUUCCGAUAACAGCGUCGACCUCGAUAUAUCUGUUCGUUGUCGGAGUAAUCGCAAAUGUGCUGAAUCUGUAUCUUUGAAUCAGGAUUUGCUUAAUGUUAUUGCAAGUCUGGAUCAUGCAGAAACCCCACAGGCCCCUGUCUCACCCUUAGUCUCAUCUCCUAUUAGGCCGGCCGACUUGCACAAAGGUCGUCGCAACUGUACGCCUAUCACUGAUUUGGAUAGCAAAAGGCGACAUUCUCCGAGAGAGCAGAGCGAGCCUAAUGCCUUCUCCGACAAGAAUGAUCUCUUGAUUGAUGCAAAGGUUUCUUCGAACGCUGAACCUAUGGGCACAUUCGGUAGCGGG